AUGAAAAUCUCCGCCAACGUCUUCAUGUCGCGGAAGCUCGUCCCGCCGGAGAUUUUCGACGCCCUUCACGACGCGCUCAAGCUCAACGGCGCCACCGUCGUCCUCUGCAGCGAUCCCUCCCGCACCGGCCCCGACGACUUCCACGUCAUCGCUUCGUCCGACCACGAAAAAUUUGAGGAUCUCAGAGCCAAGGGCUGCCAAUUGCUCAGUCCUCAAUGCGUGUUUUUGUGUGCGAGUGCACGCAGGUCGCUGCCUAAACGAGGGUUUACUUGUUGUCUAGCAUUGGACGGUAUCAAUGUGCUUGCCUCUGGUUUUGAGGCAGAUGAAAAGGUUAAGAUAAGUAACUUGGUAACAUCAAUGGGAGGAAUUCUUCAUGUUAAACCAUCUAUGGAUGUUAGUUUUGUCAUCGCAAAGAAUGUCUUGGCUGCAAAAUACAAGUGGGCUGUAAAUAUAUUAAAGAAGCCAGUUCUUACCAUUAAUUGGUUAUAUCAAUGCUGCAAUGAACAUUUCCUUGUUCCUCAAGAGUCCUUUAGGGUUCUUCCAUUUUCUGGUUUGACGAUCUGUGUAACCAGAAUUCCAGCAGAUGAGCGGAAGAAGAUUGAAAUACUAAUCACAGAAAAUGGUGGGCAGUAUUCUGGAGAACUCACAAAGAAGUGCACACAUUUGAUUUGUGAUGCUCCAGAAGGUGACAAGUACAAGGUUGCACGAAAGUGGGGUCAUAUUUAUAUUGUAACUCGGAAAUGGUUUGAUCAGUCAAUUGCUAGAAGAGCUUGUCUCAAUGAGGAGUCCUUUCCAGUUCAAGGUGGUUUUGUAUCUUCAAAGAAGAUUGUAAAGGGUUGCUUUGCUUCACAAAAUAGCCAAAGCAAUUGUAGUGGGUUCUUGCAAUCCGCACCACCGUCGGUGGUCGCAGAUUCAAGUUUCACAACUGCAACUUCUGGUGGCAUUGUGGAUUCUGAUUUAGAAGUGACUGUUUCACAAAGCAUGCUUCCAACAUAUUCUUGUGCCCCAUUAUUUUGUAAGGAGGGGGAUAGCAAAGUCCCUCCCUUAGAAUCAAAAUGUGAGGUGACCCUUGAAGAUUGUGUUGCUGAUGAUUCUCAGUCUGAAGAUAAUGACAUGUACCUGUCAGAAUGUAGAAUAUCACUUGUUGGUUUUGAAGCUUCUGAAAUGCGUAGAUUGGUUAAUAUUAUUCGCAGAGGUGGGGGUUGCCGUUAUAUGGUACUCAAUGAUAGGUUGACACACAUAGUAGUUGGAAUUCCUUCUGAAAUUGAAAAGAAGGAGGUAAGAGGAUUGGCAGCUUUAGGUCUCAUUCAUGUGGUCAGAGCCAUCUGGCUUGAAGAUUGUGAUCGUAAGAAGAAAGAGAUACCUGUUCUCCAGAAACAUAGUGCCUCUGAUAUACUUCUUCCUAAAGGAGCACUGACAGGUACGAGUGGUAUGAUUCAAGGGAAAGAUUUUACCAUUCAUCAGAGGAUGCCUUCUGAUCAAUUAUGUGGGGAUAGUAAUGUGGCAAGUGGAGUGGAUUUAUUGGAGAAAAAUAGAGAAGAGGUAACAGAAAUAAUUAGGAACGAUAAUAGGCCCAUGCAAGCAGCAGUUAAAUCAUUCGACAAGAAUAGACUACCUAUCAUACAGGAUAAAAGUAAGGUUCAGUUACAUGUCAAAACAAGGGGUCAACAGAAUAUUCGACUUGAAUCACCUGCUCAAAAUGGCAAACAUUCUUCUGUAUUUAAGGCCAAAAGUUUCUGCUUUUCAGAUUCCUUUCCUGAAGACAGGAGAGGUGAAAUUAUUGAAUGGGUAAAUCAAGGGGGAGGAUUGGUAACUGAUGCUCAUUUGAAGCAGAAGGUGCACUUCACUAUUGAAUGUCAUGGUGUCAUACCCAAAUCUCUAGGCACUACUCAAACUACAUAUGUAUCAAGCCACUGGAUCCGGUCAUGUUUGGAGGAUGGAUGCUUGCUGGAUGUUAGUAAUCACAUUCUUUACUCUCCUCUUCCCUGCCGGACUCCGUUGCCUGGAUUCGAAUGCUUUCGUUUUUCUGUUUCACAAUACGAAGAGAAGGAUAGACUGUUACUAAGAAAUUUGUGUUUUACACUGGGAGCUAGAUUCGUCGAAAAACUGAGUAAGAAGGUUACCCAUUUGUUAUGCAAGUUUACUAAUGGAAGUAAGUAUGAGGCUGCUUGUAGAUGGGGAAUACACCGAAUUACCUGUGACUGGAUAUAUGAGUGCGUGAAGCAGAAUAAAGUUGUUGCUCUUGAUCAAUUUUAUCCUAAAGAAGUUACUGCUGAAGAUCGAGAGGCAGGAUUGUGCACUACAAGUCAGUACCCUACACAAGAUGUUCGAAUGGUAUCUGUAGGCAAUUCAUCUCAGUGUCGAAGUGAAUCACAAGAUCGGAGCUUCUCACCCCCUGAAGCCAUUGGUCGUAAUAUCAAAAAUAUCAGGGAAGAAGCCAAAGAGUCAAGUUGCAAUAAGAAGGCAAGGAUUUUGGAAAAUGUUGACCAAAGCGGUCUUCUUUCAUCAGGGAUAAGUGUAAGCAUUCCUUCCUAUACAAAUGGAAACAAGAGAGAAAACACUGUUGGUGAAGUAUCCCAAGUUGUUCCUGAUGUAGCUUCUGCUAUUGAGGACUUGUUGGAGCAGACAACUAAGAUUCAAGAUCAGAGUUCACCAGACAGUGUAUCCUUUUGCCCAGAGUCACUAUAUUCCAUUUUUUACUUCCAACUUUGCAUUAGUUGCAAUCCUUGAUGGAAACAGAUUUUUGCAUCCGAUUGUUCAAUGCUAGGUCACAACCCUUCGGGUUCUCUCUCCAUGAGUGGACUAUCGAGACAGUGGUCAAACAGAGCUGAGAAAAAAGAUGACAUGAAUGCUCUUUCUGGAAAUAAAACUGCUGGCUUGUAUGAUGCUUUUAGUGAAACACAGACCGAUUCUCAGGUUGUCGGAUAUGAGGAUGAUUUGUCAGGCCGGCAAAUGAUUUUAGACAGAGUUCGGACGCGAAGUAGUAGUAGGAAAUAGGUACACCGUACGCCUCAACUUCCUGAAGCAGUUCCACUCUGCAGGCCGCUAGGUAUUAAAACUACUUUGAUGAGAACUUCACUGUCAGCUCAGCAGUCGCUUGUUUGAUCUACGUGAACACACGAGAGCUACCACAUUUUGAAGAUGAGGAGGCUUCUGCUGGGAACUGCAUUCUUGGUACAUGCAUUCGAUUACUGUUGUAGAUCCUGUGUAUAUAAGCCGCACCUCAGGGAAAGAAGACCCAAGUCGAAAAGUCAUUCACAACCUGCCUGCUCCUAGUACAUUCAUAUAGUAUUUCCCAGCAUACUAGGAGAUUAGUCAUUCAUAAGUUUUGUAAUUUUGUAAACAUGAAUUUUGUGUUGUAGCUUUUAUUUUGUUUUUCCUCUUUAAUUUGUGCAGAUAGACACUACAGAGAGAGC